UCCCUUUCAUUCGUGUAAACAAACGCGUUGUUUUCAGCUCAUUGCUGUGUGAAAAUGUGACGAAACAAAUGUGGUGUUUGGGCAAAAAGUGCGAAAUGAUUCAACCGAGAGUUUUGUAUCAAUGAACGGACAAAUAUACAUUCUCUGUUUUGUUCCACAGUCCCGUCGUGACAUUUUGAAUGUUUUGGUGCUCGUACAUGUGAAUCUGCUUUAGUGUGUACAACCGACCAAUGUACAACGGAGAGAGAGAUACUUUUGACUUGUGUUUCACAUACCGUAAUCAGUCGUCAGUUGGGUUUUGAUAAGCGAAACAGUCUUGUAUGCAGUCGACAGUGUGUAAUUGACUGCAAUUUUCAUUCUCAUUGUAAAUACGAUCAGAACGUACAACCUCCUUGUGAUAAAAGAAUGAGGUAGCAAUUACUUGGUGGAAUGAACAAUAACAUCAAAAGUGAUAAUAAAAGAAAAUAAAAACAUUCAGCCAAAGUUAGCUGUGUGAUAAAAAAGCAAAUUUAUAUUAGCUGAGUUUGUAAUUCAUAAAAUACCUUGCAAUAAAAGUGCAUGACAAUCGAGUGUGGCGCACAGUAUUACAGAAUCAAUUGUUCCACUGUUAGACCCGAUAUACAAAUAUACACAUCACGUCUUUCGGGAUUUUCAAGUCCAGAUAAAACCAGUUAGUGUGUACUUCUUGUAAAAAAUUAAAAUGGAAACGAUGUGUGGUGAUUGCAAUGAUUCAUCUAGAGGCUCUUGCUCUUGCGGUUGCGAAAGUGGCGGCUGUGGUAUGGAAAUGACAUUUUUUUGGUCGGCCGAAUUGAAGAAUUUUUUCUUCAAGGCAUUGAAAAUAGACAAUGUUGGAGCAUUCUUACUUACAUGCUUAGUGUUUGCACUGUUAUCUAUUCUGUAUGAAGGAAUUAAAGUGUAUACUGCUUAUGCGCGUGCCAAAGUGGCGCGUGAACAAAUUGCGGCCGUUUCGUGUGCACCAAGUGAAUCGGCAAAUUUAUUAGUUACCGAACCGAAUUCAAAUUUUUUUUCGGGGCGCUUUUUCCGAAUGAUCAACGAAACAAUGGUCUUCCUUUUCCACAAUACGCUCGGCUAUGUUGUGAUGUUGGCCGUUAUGUGUUAUAAUGGUUGGGUAUUUUUGGCUGUUGUGCUCAGCAUGGGAUUGGGGUACUUCUUCUUUGGUCAUAUUGCAAUCAAAAUCAAUAUGGAAAGUAUUCAAGCACGAACAAGAAAAGUAGUAUGCACACCAGUUUGUUCACAGGCAUGUGCCGAGGCCGGCGUUAGCGGAGUUCAGAACCAAAACACAUCACCAUGCCCAAGCGCUCCACAGAUGAGUUAUUCAAAAACAGUGUCAACUUGCCAUGAAAAUCAAGCGAUGAGUGAAGCAAAAUCGAAAAAUGGCACUUGCUACGAUGAAAAAUCGUCGAAUGUCAACGAUGACGUCGAUGAAAAUUGCGAUUGCCGUCUAUAGCGCAUUUGAUUUUUUGCUUUUUAGCAUGAUUUGAUAUUAAAGAAAAAUGCAAUAGAAGAACAAUUUUGAGAUUGUAACAAAAAAAAAUUCGAUGAUGUGAUUCAAUUCAUUGCUCAAUUUAUUUUGUUAGAUGUUUAAGAAUGUUGUUAAAAAAAUUAAAGACAAAUGAGAAGAAACCUGUGCGACAGAUUUUCCUAAUAAAAGAAUAAAUAUUUCAAAUAAAUGUUAUGUCCGGUGCAUUCAUUACACAGA